AUGAACAACAACGCCACAUUUCCAUCAGUUUCCUUCCACCGAAAGACAUUCGGACAAAAUAUUCUAAUAGAUGAUAAUGCAUUUAAAGCCACUCGACAUACAUCAUUUGAUAAUGGUUAUUUAUAUUUAUAUUUCAAUUUAAUCAUUUUACCUUUGUUUUCAAAUAUUACAUUUACAAAUAAACGAAUUAAUAUAAAUGAACGUAUUUAUAUGAAAAUUAUUGAUAUUGAUCAAACUGGUCAAUGGUUAGGUUUUACUCAAUUUGAUCGAGAGUCUAUUCAACAUCAUCAGUUAUGUAAAUCCGUAUUAGCAAAUCUUUGUCAAAAGACCGGAAUAUCUUAUGUCGGUCAAUUUUAUUUUUUAAUUUGUAAACGAAUACAACUUCGACCUGAAGAUGCACUUUUUUUCUUUGUUAAUAAUGUAAUUCCAAAUACAUCAAUGACUAUGGGAGCUCUUUAUCAAGAACAUGUUUGUAUUUUAAUUGAUUCUAUUUUAAUAUACAUAUGUGUUUGUAUGUUAGACAGAUGAAGAUAAAUUUUUAUAUGUGGCUUAUAACGAUGAAUCGGUCUAUGGUUAAAUCAAACAUUGUUCAUUAUUUAAAAAUGUAUAUAAAAAUGCUUCUUCGUCUUUUUUUUUCGAUGACAAUUUAAGCAAAACAAUGUUGAAAGUAUUUUUCGUCUUUUGUAUAUAUACAUUGAAAAUAAUUACAUAUCUUUUUGGUUGUUCUUUGUCUGUAGUAUUCUCGUUUUUUUUCUUUGUCAUCAUCAGUAUUGAACAUAUUUAUUCGAGAUCAUUACUUUAAUUUGUAUACAAUAAAACUUUAAAUGUAUUUCGAUGGUUCAGAAUAUCAAACAUUUAUAUUCUUUAGAAUUAUUGAUAAUUCGUUCAUAUUCAUUUAUUUAUUAUCUUAUUUCAAUAAUAGACUAAAGAGAACGAAAACGGCUCAUCAAUGAUUAAGAAAGAAAUUUCGAGAUUACUCAACAAUUGAUCAUUUACUGGAGUAUUUACGUACUACAAUUGUUUUCGAUUUUAAAAAUUAUACAUUAUCUGUCUUAUGUACUUUGAAUAUGGUUUUGAAUAUUAUUACAAAUAAAUACUAUAUGAAACUUAAUACAUUAAUAUGUAUUUGAGAUUCUAAAUAAGGUUCUGCGAGACAAUCAGGAUUUGGAAUUACUGGAAAAAAUCAAUGUCUCGAAAAAGAAAUAUUAAGAAAUUUGUUUUAAACCAUCGUCAAUUUGACUUGUUUAAUUAAUGAUGUUAAAUGAAUUGAAAUCUUGAUUUUAUCUGUAUCCCAACAUGUUCAUCAAUCGAUAUUAGUAUUGUUAGAAUCAGAAACAAAGACACUUUAUUGAUAUAUUUGUGACUGACACUGCUACAAUUCAAUUCGCGUAGCUGUUCGUGCUAAGUUAGCCUAUAAGGAUUUAUUUAAACUUCACUCUUUGGAACAUGAAAGACUUUGUCUCAAAGAUGUGUUCUGCAAGCAGAUGAUUCAUCAAACAUAUUUUCUCCUACGACCUUCCCCGGCUGAGAGGAUGAUUCCUGGAGAUUUUGGUUGCGUUGGCCUGUACGGUGUGGAAAUGCAUAAAGAACAGACAGACAAACAUUCUUCUUUAUGUAUAUAUAGAUU